AUAAAUAAAUUUUACUUUGAGACACGAUCUCCCUAAGUUACACAGGCUGGACUCUGACUUGCGAUCCUCCAGCCUCGGCCUCCCAAACCGUCAGUAUUACAGGCGUGCGCCACGUAGCACGGGCAGGCAAGGGUUUCUCGGCGCUGCUGCAUACGUUCUCCCCCAAGGGGUCGGCCCUCUUAGUCCAGACCUGACCUGGGCGUCAGGCAGGCCCUACGCGGGUUCCAGGGGAAAUCACACCGAACCAGCUCCUGACCCCGCACCCUUCGAUGACUCAUCCUCCUCCCGGGUUUUCUCGCCCUCUCCCCGCCCCGGCCCGGUCCGCUCCAGCUGCGGGGAAACGCCCUCCGGAACCAGCCAUCUCAGCUCCGGCUCUUCGGGCUCCGGCAGCCGGCCGCCCGCCGCCCAAGGAUCUGCUCGACCCCGCCCACCGGAGCGACGCGCCCGAGUUAGGACCCCGCGGCUGGCCGUGGCGCUGCCUGACGGUGCCGCCGAGGGACAAAGACCCCUGCGCCCCUCGCUAUCUAGGGCCGGGGGCUGGGCAGCGCUCGCUUGCUGGGCUAUGGACAGAGGCAGCGUGGCACCCACGUUCAGCCCUGUCGGGUUCCGUCCCCCGCGGCGCGGCGCGGCGCGGCAGGCGAGGACCCGGGCGGCCGGGGUCCUGACAGCACGGGCGACGCUUCGGGCGGGUGCUGCAACAAUGGAGGCCAUGUUGGCACGACUGAAACACCUGAAUCCGGACGACCUUAGAGAAGAGAUUGUCAGAGCUGGCCUGAAGUGUGGGCCCAUCACGGCAACCACCCGGUUUGUGUUUGAGAAAAAGUUGGCUCAGGCUUUGCUGGAGCAGGGUGGGGCCUUGCCUCCCUCCAUUCCCAACCAAGUGGGCCUGGACACACCUAGCACACUGACCUCUGCUGCAGGCAGCCCUGCCGGGCGGGCCAGUUACUCUGAGGACAGGGAUUUUGGUUACAAUGUGGGCUUGAACCCCCCGGAGGAGGAGGCUGCAAUGUCUGAGGCCUGCCCAGUGCUUCUCAGUGCUUCUGCCAAGAUUGGCUCUAAUAAGGCCGGAGAGACAGUCGCCAAGGAACCAGCCCUAUACUAUGGCGUGUGCCCGGUGUAUGAAGAUGGUCCCAUGAGAAACGAAAGAAUCCAUGUUUAUGAAGAUAAAAAGGAAGCACUGCAAGCUGUCAAAAUGAUCAAAGGAUCCCGGUUUAAAGCUUUUCCAACCAGAGAAGAUGCUGAAAAAUUUGCUAGAGGAAUUUGUGAUUAUUUUCCUUCUCCGAGCAGAGCCUCGUCCCCUCUGUCCCCUGUAAAAGUGGCUCCACUUUUCAGCAGUGGUGGGUGGAAAGAUGGUUUGUGCUUCUCUGAAUCAGAAACAAUAAACAAAGAGGGAGCAAACAGUUACAAAAGCCCCCGCACACAGGACCUCACUGCUAAGCUGCGAAAAGCUGUGGAGCAGGGAGAAGAAAAGACCUUCUCUGACCUCAUCUGGAGCAACCCCCGGUACCUGAUUGGCUCAGGGGACACUCCAACUAUUGUACAGGAAGGAUGUAGGUACAAUGUCAUGCAUGUUGCUGCCAAGGAGAAUCAGGCAUCUAUCUGCCAGCUAACACUGGAGACUUUGGAAAACCCUGAGUUCAUGCAGCUUAUGUACCCAGAUGAUGAUAUGGACAUGCUGCAGAAGCGCAUCCGCUACCUUGUGGACCUGUAUCUGAACACUCCUGACAAGGUGGGGUAUGACACACCGCUGCAUUUUGCUUGUAAGUUUGGGAAUGUGGAUGUGGUCAACGUGCUUUCUUCACACCCUUUGAUUGAGAAAAAACCAAAGAAUAAAUAUAACAAAACACCCGAAGAGGUAAUUUGUGAAAGAAACAAAAGUAAACCUGUAGAACUAAAAGAGAGGAUCAGAGAAUAUUUACAGGGUCACUACUACGUGCCGCUUCUGAGAGCAGAUGACACCUCCUCUCCUGUCAUUGGGGAGCUGUGGUCCUCAGACCAGACAGCUGAGGCCUCGCCUGGUAGCUGCUGUGGAGCCAAUCCCCGCGACCCUGUGCUGACCCUGAGGGCCUUCGCGGGGCCCCUGAGUCCAGCCAAGGCAGAAGAUUUUCGAAAACUCUGGAAAACGCCACCUCGAGAGAAAGCAGGCUUCUUCCACAGUGUCAGGAAGUCUGAUCCAGAAAGAGGCAUUGAGAGAGUAGGAAGGGAGCUCGCUCAUGAGCUAAGGAUUCCCUGGGCCGAAUACUGGGAAUUUCUGGGCUGUUUUGUGGAUCUGUCUUCCCAGGAGGGCCUGCAGAGACUAGAAGAGUAUCUUGCUCAACAGGAAAUGGGCAAAAAGGCGCAACAGGAAACAAGAGAAAAUGAAACCUGUCCCAGAGAGAAAGCCUUCACCUCUGGCCAUGAGAAGCAGUGUUGCAACUCCAUUUCCGUGGGGGCAUUUCUAGAUGGGGAUGGUGACGUGAGCCUAGAAGAAAUGAAAAAUCGGCAGAAUAGAGCUCAAAACCACAGCCAGCCCAAGGCUGAUGCAUUCAGAAACUUGGAGCCUGGUGCUAAGGCAGACUGCAUGGGAGCUUCAGGCCCAUGCCACUCAGUCCCAAAUGGGCUCUGCUGUCCCCCAAGUCCCAGCAGGGCCCUAUGCAGAAGACCAGAGGCUCCUGGAGCAGAGCAGGCCCUUCUGUCACAUGUCUCCGGUUUGAUGCUUGAGUUCAAUAAACUGAAUUUGCAAAAUCAAGGUGGUAGCCUUUCCAAGACACCAAAUACAGAUAAGAAUACAAAAGAUAAGAUAAAGAACACAGUAGAAAAUGGCUUGUCAGCACCUGCCGCUGCUGCAGACAAACUCAGAAAUAACCAAACAGGGGCAGAAAGUGAUGUAUCAGCUGUGAUGGCUACGAUGUCCUUGGAUUCCGAGUCCCAGGCUGUGCCAAGCCCUGUGACCAACCCUACCGGCAGACUUUUCCUUUGUGGAGAGGAGCCAUGCAAGCUGGACCAGGAUGUCCUGGCAGCUCUGCAGGGUGUGGACAUCAACCCUGAUCAGUACCCGGGCGUGCAUCGGUGGAGGAGCGCUGUCCUGUGCUACUUGCCUGCAGACAGGCAGAGUUGGCCAAGCCCUGCACUGAAAGGAAAACUCAAGUGUCAGCUGUCAGACCUCUGCAUCCCCGACAGCAGCAGCCCAGGGCGAAGGGCUCCAGCUGGCGGCAGCCCUGGGAGGCCUGGCCAUGCUCCUCACUCCCCCAGCCUGGGCAGCCCUGGGCCCUACAGCCCUGUGCGCGGGCGCCUCCUGCACCGGACAGUGGUCCCCGGAACCCAGCUUGCAGUCCCGUAGAGGGCGCUCAUUCCCUUCUCCGCUUUCAAAGGAAGAGGGAGAUGUACUUAUUGGUAAGAUUUUGUAAAGGAGCAUAUUCUGAGUAACGUACAGUCUGCACUUGCAGGGUACAGGGAUUUAGAAAUGCAAAUGUUCUACAAAGAAGUAAAAAUCAGUGAUGUCUU